AAGCAGCAGCAGCAGGAGCCUAGUUUCGAAGCUCCUGCUGGUUCAGGUGGACUCGCCUUCCCGUUGCCAGACGCUGGCUGUUGAAGCCUCCUAGCGUCUUAGCGCGCGCACUUCAUAAACUCGGCGGACGCUGGUCUAUCCAGUGCGCACUGUGUACGGUAGCAAUGCGGUCUAGGAUGACACGGAGCUUUCGCUCGUGCUCGAGCUUUCGCGGGCCUUUUGCUAACGUGCUUCCGCUCGUCACGCUCUUGGUGGCGGCGCUGCUGAGCCACUUCGGAGGAUUGGUUCCAGUCGCGAAAGGCCAAACCAUCGCCCAAUCUCAAGUGCCCGGAUUACUGGACUGUCAGGCGACAUGGGGAGUGACAUUUAACCAGUGGAAGGAGGGGGGUGACUGUAGCCAGGCAGAUGGCAUCACAUGUGACAACAACGGAAUGGUUACCAGCAUGGUUCUUGACAACACGGGUCUGUCCGGCUUGUUACCAGCAUCUAUGGGGUCAUUCAUCAACCUCUCCUACCUUAGUCUGUGGGGCAACUCCCUCACGGGUGAACUGCCAUCAACUAUCACUGCCCUGACUGCCCUCAGUGACGUGCUGCUCGAAUUCAACCAGCUCACUGGGUCGCUGCCUGAGGGCCUUUCGACCCUCACUCGCCUUUCCAGGCUCACUUUGGGUGGUAACCGCUUUGCGAGCUCCCUCCCGGAGUGGGUUGGUGGCCUGUCUCUGCUGGAAACGCUAGACGUCAGCAAGAACAACCUAUCAGGCUCCAUCCCUUCCUCUCUCGGCAAUCUGCAGCACCUCACCUUCCUUGCCCUAGAGUACAACGCACUCACGGGCCCUCUUCCUGCCACCCUGGGCUCUCUCACCAAUCUCGUGUACCUUGAGAUCGCCAACACGUCUCUCACCUGCCCCGUCACUCCAGCCUCCUGUGAGGUGCCUCAGGACCCCCUCUCGGUCUUCUGUGUCGACUGCUCCACCUUCUGCUCCCAAUGCGCUGCUGCUUCACCACAAGCCCCGCCAAUCCAGCCACCAGCGGCACCAUCACCAACACCGCCGCCGCUGCCACCACCAGCACAACCACCCGCCGCAGCACCACCAGCCGCAGCACCACCAGCCGCAGCACCACCAGCCGCAGCACCACCAGCCGCAGCACCACCAGCCGCAUCACCACCAGCCGCAGCACCACCAGCAGCGCCAUCCCCAUCAUCAUCACCAUCACCACCACCACCUGCAGUGGCACCACCUUCCAUCAGCCCUCUCACCCCCUCACCACCAUCAUCACCCCCAACACCACCACCACCACCACCCUCGCCCAAGUCCGCCGCACCACCCGUUGCCGGGACGCUUCAUGCCAGUGGCAUUGUAGCCUUUCUGCUAGCCAUCCUGCUUGCGGUCGCUUGAUGCUGGUGCGUUGCAUUGAAAUUAGACCCCCUUCCAUGUGAGUGAGUGAGUGAGGUCAUGGAUGAUGGGCUUGGAUUGUAAUAGCCCGUGUAAGACAGCAGAAAUUGGGCUUACCUUUUUUAUUAGCAGCAAGGGCAGGUACCGUUCAGGGGGUGCAUUUGUGCUUGUAUAGUUGCGUUGGGGUUAUUUAUGAGCUGAUGUUUUGGGAUGGAAAUGCAGUUUCGAUCUAGUCAUUUUAAAUCAA